AUGUGCAACAAACUAGUGUUAGCUGAGUGGAGGAAGCGAGCAGAAGAGUUGGAUUCACAGAAGAUCACAGUCACUGCUGAAAAAUCUGUGACUAUCAGAUUCAUCCAUGUCCUCAGCGGGAGCUCCAGCUGCUCAAUGUGCAGCUCCAAAGGGUGUCACCAGCAAUAUCAGCUCGAUCCUCGGCAGAGCCUGGCCUUCAACUUCACCUGCCCCCAUCCUGAACAGCAGUUCAUCAUGGAAAUUUCAAGAAAAAUAAUUGAAGGUAACGACUCUCUUGAAGGUUACCAGCUUCUUCCUCCGGAGUUGCCAAAGCUCAACCGGACCUAUACGUGGGACAUUAAUGUCCCCAUUAACGUUGGUGUGGAGAUGAGCUUUCCCAGAGGCGGGCUGACACAGGUGAACUCUGACGUGUGUCUGGAUUCGGUCACUUACACGAUUAAAGGCUUCGUGCGUCUCAGGGAUGUCCACAUUGGGAACUUUUGCAGGAAUGGGACCAUCUCUAAAGUGAAGAUCCAGGGAAAAACACUGCUGGUUCUUCACGUGCCCUGGACUGAGGAGAUUGAUCACGCAGGAUUCAACCUGUCCUUCUUGCCACCCAUCAAAAAGCUUUGUAUUGUGGAGGCUGUGUUGCUCAAGCCAGGUUCUCCCGUCUACUUCAUGACUCCCAACUGGCCUCAGGGCUUUCCAGAUGAUGAGCUGAUGUCCUGGAAGUUCACCUUUCCCGAUGACUUCAAAGCAAACGUCACUCUGGAGAAUUACACUUACCCCCAGUGCGUGAAAAGAACUGUUGACGUGUACUUUGGACCACCGGUGAUGGGAAAGAUGAAGAAAUUGUGGAAGAAUGCUGUGGUGUCUGUGCAGAACUGUGAGGUGGACAAAACAAAGAAUGAGGUGUUAACUUUGCGAUUUAAAGCUGAGCUUUUAUCCAACGCCCCAGAGAGAUAUGAAUUUGAUAUGGAAAAUGUUUCAGUGACAUUUAAGCAGAAAUCAGACAUAGGCAGCGAGCAGCCCUGCAUUUGUUCAUCUCCAGACUCUUCCAAGUGUAACUCUGAGUUGCAGCUGAAGCCCGGAGAACAGGCGAACAUCACCUUCCACACCAACUGUAAUAGUGUGAAAGAUAUUAAAGUAGAAGCCACCAAGAAUAUCUCCUGCACUGAGCUGGAAAUGUGCCAAGUGAAAAACAUGAGUUUGAGUCUGCCUUCUGCCCUUGCCAACCUGCCUGUUGAUCAGCAGAUCUUCAAAUGGGUGCUUAAUGCCCCGCACGGCACCACGAUAGAGCUGGUCUCCAACAGGCUGAAACUGAAGCAGUCUCUUCCAGGCAGGACCUGCACCACCAAUGUAAUGUACCACAUCAGCACUUUCUGCAAGGAUCACAGUAACUCUAUUGUGGGCACAUUCUGCCCCAGUGGAGCGAUUGAGAAGAUCCAGAUGAUUGACAGUGUUGAAUUGGAAGUGAGGACAUCCAGUGGGUGGAAAAUCGGUGAUCUGGACAUUAGCCUGUCCUUCGUUCCGGCCAUUACAGAGAAUUAUAUUUUCUAUGUAGUUUCCGACGACUCCCCGGUCUAUCUCCUGACACCGAACGGGGAACUGGGAAUGCCGCACCAAGGAACCGCAUCAUGGAAUAUUGUCGUCCCUGCUGACCAUAAAGCUGAAUUAACCUUUGUGAGCAGCUCGAUGCCAGAAUGUGAGAUCGGACACACUAGUGUUACGAUCAUUGAGCAAAUGGAGCACACUGACACCUCAACCUGGAGAGAAACUGACACCCUGCCAACAAACCCUGUCAAUCUGCUAGGGACGUUUUGGGUUAAUGUGUCCAACUGCGUGCCUGAGAGAGGACGCUUCAAAAUUCUAUUUAAAGUGGUGGUGAAAGCAAAUGAAGAUAUUACACAGAUCAUCAUUAUUGUGGCUGCUGUUAUUGGAGGCCUGGCCCUGCUCACCAUAAUUUUUGUGGUCGUGUGCUGUGUGAAAAGACGGAAAAGAAGGCAACAUCAGACUCCUGUUGGCAUCUACAAUCCCGGAGUGAAUGCGAAUGUGCCUGGACGGAGGUGGAAGUUUGGGAAGGGCAGGAAGGACAAUGAUUCGCACAUCUAUGCCGUGAUCGAUGAAAACCAAAUUUAUGGGCCGCGCUUCAAUACCUUGAGGAUGGACUCCAUUCCAGAGGUGGACGUGUACCAGCCUUUCACCGGCCCCAUGGGAGACAUAGCACCCACUCCUCCAGCACGUCGCAGCCGCCCGGGCCCAGAGGACAGUGUAGGGACCGUUCCCAUGGUGGACAAUGCCCUGUACAGAGCCUCGAUCCAGAAGAGUGAGCUGGGGAAGAGCAACGGGGAGAUGGUAACCUUUCUGGGAGAGAGUCCAAAGGACUCCAGUUUGUAGCAAGCAGAGUCUGGUUGACUGUCUGUCUGACUUAGGUCACAAAUUGAUGGCUUUUCCAAACAAAUCAAUUGUACCUUUGAUAGAUUGUUCUUCUGUGCCUUGAGCUCUGUAUAUCAAAAGACAAAAGCCUUGUUUUUCCCCACUCCCCCUGCGCAAGACACAAUUGUCUCCCCUGCUGAUAACACUAGGUUACAGCUUUGCAGGGACACCAACCCUCUAACCCUGCAACCAAGUGCCUAUUUCUUCACUUUGGAAACCCGUAAGCAGGCACAGUUGUCAGGGCAGGUGACUACACUGAUAUUAGAAGUGAGCCCAGUUCAGCUUUCCACUGACAUGCACUCACAGAAACAUAGA